AUGGUUUCCUCCACACGCUCCUCCACGGCCCUCAGCCUCCUGGCCCUCUACGCCUCGAGCACUUGGGCCGCCACCGUCUCCGAAGUCUUCCUCGCCAGCAUCCGGUCCGCACGGCCGUCCACGGCGGAGAACUCGCCCGCCCGGACACGCACCUGCGUCGUCGACAGCCACAACGACGGCAGCACGGAUGACGCGGAAUACAUCGCCGCCGCGCUGAACGACUGCAACAACGGCGGGCACGUCGUCUUCCCGGCCACGCAGUCGUACAUCAUCAACUCGCCGCUCGACAUGACGGGGCUGGCGCGCAUCGACAUCGACAUCCAGGGGCGCAUCGCCUUCACGGACGACAUCCCGCACUGGCUGAACAACAGCUUCGACCUGGGCUUCCAGAACGCGACGAGCUUCUUCAAGCUGGGCGGCGAGGACGUGAACGUGUAUGGUGGUGGGACUAUUGACGGGCAGGGCCAGGCGUGGUGGGACCACUACCCGAAGAACAAGCACGACCGCCGCCCCGUGCUAUUCGCGACGGUCGAGAUGCACGGCGGGUCGGUGUCGGAUCUGAGUCUGGUGAACUCGCCGUUCUGGCAUAAUUUCGUGGGGAACUCGUCGGACGUCGUGUUUACCGAUAUCAGGAUUCACAGCGUCAGCAAUAAUGAGAAUUUCGAGAAGAACACGGACGGCUGGGACAUCUACCGCUCCGACCACAUCACCGUCCAAAACUCCUCCGUAACAAACGGCGACGACUGCGUCUCCUUCAAACCCAACGCAACCAACAUCCUCGUACAAAACAUGAUCUGCAACGGCACGCACGGCAUGAGCGUGGGCAGCCUGGGGCAGUACCCGGACCGCGUCGACUACGUCGAGAACAUCCUGGUGCGCAACGCGGCCAUGUACAACUCGUCCGAGGGCGCGCGCAUCAAGGUGUGGCCCAACGCCUUCAGCGAGAAGAGCGUCAGCCUCGUCGGCGGCGGCGGCAGCGGCGCCGUGCGCAACGUCACGUACGAGGACAUGUGGCUCGACAACGUCGAUUACGGCUUGACGAUUACGCAGUGCUACGGCCAGGAUGAUGAGGAGGAGUGUUUUAAGCAUCCGUCGAAGCUGAACAUCACCGACGUCACCUUCCGGAAUGUGCGCGGCCGCACCAAUAGGGUAUUUUCGCCCAUCGUGGCGCAUCUGGUGUGCUCGAGCCCCGAUACGUGCUCCAACAUCGUUGCUCAGGACAUCGACAUCCGCACCAUCAACGGCUCGAAUCUCGUGACUUGCCGCAACAUGGAUGAGGAUCUGCUGGACGUCAACUGCGUGGAUUGGAGCAAGGGGUACAAUCCGGCUUGA